CCAUUUAUAAUUCAUAAAUGUAACAUUUUAUUAAUUCGAUGCAUGAAAAUGGAUACAUCCUGUGUACUAAAAAUGUUUCGCGAAACAAUCAACAUAAUCCCCCACCACUAUUUAAUCCUCCUACUUUGUCGGCUUGUGUAUUUUAUCCGCGAUAGACUCAAGAGAGUUCUAAUUCUAUAGCACUUACUGCAAACUCAAUUGCAUUUGCUUCAGUGUUACGACUUUCUGCUUUUUCUUUUUCUUUUUUUUUUUUUUCCAUUAAAUUGUUAUCGCAAAAAAAAAAAAGAAAAAAAAAAAGAAAGAAGAAAAGAAAGAUAAACGAUGUGUCGAGUGUGUUCAUAAAAAAAAACAAUUAACGAGGAAUAUAUUAAUAUUAAUUAACUUUUUAAAAGAUGAUAACUACGCUAAGAAUAUACAUUUCGUCGAGAUCUUCUUCUGUCAUUUUUUUAAGAUUUUCGAAAGGUAAUAAAAACGAAAGACGCAUUAUUAAUAGAACUUUAGAAACUUUGACAGCCGCAGUUGAUAAACACGAAUUAUCGUCGAAUUGUCGUGCGUACGCGGAAAUACCCGGACCAAAACCAAUUCCCAUUUUGGGAAAUACAUGGCGUUUUAUUCCUUACAUAGGUGAUUUUAAAAUACAAUCGGUGGACAAGGUAUCGAAAAGAUUAUACGAACGUUACGGUGACAUAGUUAAAAUUGAAAAUUUACUUGGCAGACCUGACAUGGUUUUCGUUUACGAUGCCAACGAGAUAGAACGAAUUUUUCGUCAAGAGGAUAAAAUGCCCCAUCGACCGUCCAUGCCUUCUCUUAAUUAUUAUAAACACGUUUUAAGAAAACAAUUUUUUAAAGAUGAUGCUGGCAUUAUCGCCGUUCACGGAGAGAGUUGGUACAACUUCCGUAGUAAAGUGCAACAAGUAAUGUUGCAACCGCGAACAGCAAAAAUGUACGUCGGUUCAAUCGAGGAAGCUAGUCGGUCAUUCCUAUUAAGGAUAGAAAGUAUUAAGAAUAUAAAUGACGAAGUACCCGAUGAUUUUCUAAAUGAAAUACAUAAAUGGUCACUCGAGUCUAUCGCUAGAGUCGCAUUAGAUGUUCGUUUAGGUUGCUUAGAAAACAAUGCAAAUGUCGAAACACAGGAAUUAAUAAACGCAGUCACUACAUUUUUCAAAAACGUUGGCAUUCUGGAACUAAAAAUACCUUUUUGGAGGAUCUUUAAUACACCUACAUGGAAAAAAUAUGUUAAUGCACUUGAUACUAUUAUCAAUGUAUAUAUAUAUAUAUAUAUUAGAAUUACAUCAAAAUAUACGGAUACUGCAUUGACAAAUUGGAAGAAUACAUCAAAUUUUAAUAAAGAAUUAUCUUUAUUGGAAAGAGUAUUGGCUUUAGAGGGAAACUCAAAAUUGGCUACCAUUUUAGCACUUGAUUUAUUUUUGGUUGGGAUCGAUACUACUUCGAGUGCCGUGGGAUCAGUGCUGUAUCAAUUGGCAAUAAAUCAGGAAAAACAAGAAAUUGCUUAUAAAGAAAUAUCCAAUGUAUUUCCAUCAAGAGAUAGACCAAUAGAGGCAGUGCAUUUGGAAAAUUUAAAAUAUUUGAAAGCUUGCAUAAAAGAAACCUUAAGGAUGUAUCCCGUUGUUAUUGGAAAUGGACGAUGUAUGACUAAAGAUACAGUAAUCAGUGGUUAUCUUAUACCUAAAGGAGUACAAGUUAUUUUUCAACAUUACGUUAUAAGCAAUUUAGACAAAUAUUUUCCACGAAGCAAUGAAUUUUUUCCUGAGAGAUGGUUACAAGAUGAUGGUGUAAGACAUGCAUUUGCGUCACUUCCUUUCGGUUAUGGUAAACGUAUGUGCCUAGGACGACGAUUUGCUGAUUUGGAAAUGAUUAUUGUAAUCAGUAAGAUCUUGCAAUAUUACAAAAUAGAAUAUCAUCAUAAAAAAUUAGAUUAUUAUAUUGACCCAAUGUAUACACCUAAAGGACCAUUGAAAUUAAAAUUUAUUAAUAGAUAAAUCUAUUUAUUUAUAUGUCCGCAAUUUAUAUUUGAUAAUAUAAAGAAAAUUAAAAUGAACAAUUCAGUUUUCAAAAGAUGCACCUAGCGAUAGGCAAUACUCGAUGCAUGGAUGUAUAAAAAACAUUUUGACAUGCAUAUAACAGACCUUCAAUUCUAUAUAUCGGUAGAACGUACGAACUAAUUAUUGACACGAUUAAAUAAUUAUCAAUAUAUUAAUUUUUAUAAAUUUUUAUUGUCAUGAAAUCUCAUAUUUCAAAAUGACAAAGUAAAAAAGAUUUUAGCACAUAAUGCUUAAGCAAUUUUAUGUGUAUGUCACACUGGUAAUUUUAUUUAUAUAUACAUACAUUAUAAUAAAUACAUUAAAAACAAAUAUGUCUCAUAUACGAACUGUCCCAGAUAAUUUGAUACUUAUAACAAUUAAUCACAGAAUUGUAUAAAUCAUAACAACAAUUGUUUAUCAAGCACAAUCAAUAUUAAAUUGACAAGCAUGUGCGUAUAACUGAAGUAAACAUACUAUUUACUAAAUAAAUUACAGAGUACAUCUAUUACAGAGUACAUCUUUUAAAAGUAUCCUUUAUAGAGGAUAUCUUUUAUCUAUAAAAAUUAUUUAUUUAUUUAUAAGAAAAGAUACGGACCUAAUUAUGAAACUUUGUUCAUAAUAUUGUUAAUGUUUUGAAUUAAAAAGUAUAAAGUAUCAUGGAACAAACUUAUGAAAAAAAAAAAAAAAAAAAAAAAAAAAUGCAUUAAUUUAAAAUCUCUAAAGAAUCGAUAUGACAAAGUCAUCACUUAUUUUAUCGAGACUUAUUUUCCCAUCUAUUGAUUAUACAAAUAUUAUUUCAUUUAAUUUGCAAAUUAACAUAUCUCUUUUUCUUUGUGAUUUAUAAUAAUUUUAUAAUGUCCAAUAUUUAUUUGUCCAUUUUUUAAUCACUUUUUUCUGAUUUAACUUCAUCUUUUGAAAUUUCCUUUCUGCGAUCAGAUUUAUUUGUAAAUACUCCAGGAAGAUGAUCCUUUACCUGUUCCCUUAAUUUUUGUGGAAUAACCAUAAU